AUGUCUUGCAAUUUUCUCAAAAAUUUAUUGUAUAAUAUUGAGAUGGAGCAAGACACCAACGAGUCAACAGUUCUAUCAGCUAGCAGGAUUAAUUUUCUGUAUCAAGAAUCCACUAUAAAGCCGAAACCAAAAAUAUCUUUCGAAUUUUCUGACUUAAAUUGUCUUGCACCUACACAGUGGCUCAAUGAUGCAGUAAUCAACUCUUACAUGAAUCUUAUGAAAUCCAAAACAUCAGAAAAUAUUGGCUCAACAAAUACAUUCUUUUAUGCAAAGCUAGAGAGAGAUGGACCCGAAUCAGCUGUUAUGUGGGAAGGCAUUAAAGGUGAAAAAUUAAAUAUCUACGAAAAAUUUUUAAUUCCAGUAUGUUCAGGAGCUCAUUGGAUCUUAAUUUGCUGUGAUUUUGUUCAAAAUGAACUUCAAGUAUUAGAUCCGCUUGGAGGUAUGUACCAUUCCAAAGCAAACACAAUUAACGGCUUUCUUUCAUACCAAGGAAUUCCUACUCUACCAGUUAAACAUCCACGAGUACCUUCUCAACACAAUGGAUACGAUUGCGGCGUUUUUCUUUUGUCAAACGCACGUUGCCAUUUCUUUAAUAACGGUAUAUAUAAUUUCUCUCAAGGUGAUAUUCCUAAUAUGCGUAGAAAAAUCAAACAAGAGUUGUUGGAUUGUGUUUCAAACAAAGACUAA